AUGCCAGAAGAAGUCUUGGAGGAGGGAGCCCAGUACGGUGCCUUGCCAUUUGAUUAUUAUGUCACAAGUUAUCAUGAUAGGGCGAGAUGGGUCCUUGCUCAGCCUGGUUUCACAAAUGAGCAGAUCCACAUUUUGAGCAUUCACCAGUCAAUCCAUGAGCGAAAUAUUUGUGCAAAUGAAGAAAGUAGAAUGCAGACAAUCUGGCUUCGGACUUGCUACGAUAAGGACCUAAGCGAAAAAUACGAGGAUAUGAAGACCGAGGGCAAGAUCGACGCUGAUAUCGGUUCUAAUCGGUACCUCGACGACAGCAACCGCUACGCCUUUGACGACGGAACGCCAGAUCAUUGGCGACAGGUUCUCGUCCGAGUGCCAGGUAUCACGGACUUCAUAGGCAUCGAUGACGAAAGAGGUGUCCUUAAAUACCGGUCGUGCCUGAAUGACGAUGAGAUUAGGGCCCAAUAUGAGGCGCUAGACGACGAGGAAGAGAGGACCUUAGCUCUUAAAGAGCUGGAAUUCCAGGUUGUGGUAUAUCUACUAGACCGCGAGGCUAUUGAGACGGGUUUGAUCAAGAUGCUUUGGUUGGACGAGCACGGCAAUAGUGCAUGGGAGAAUCGAGUGGAUUCAUGUAGUGUGGAGACGCUUGCCGUCGCUUUUCUUAGAGCCACUCAGCUGAGCGAAAUGCCGGGUGGAAGCUCUGGUCGAGGCUCCUUGAUAUGGCGCACUGGAGGUUAG